UUAAGAGUCGUCAUAGUGAAGUGGAAUAACAAAUUUAGGGCCGAAUGGUGAUCGAUAAGUUAUUCCGACAUCUGUAAAAACUUUGUUUGGCAACGACAAAUUACAAAGAUACAAUCUACCGUUAUCGGGGCUAUGUGAUAAUGGUAAUCCACCAACAAGACUAAAUUUACUCAAGAUACCGGGAGUCCCAGUUGAAGGCGGUUCGAUAGCAAGGACAGGAGCUUUAUUACUGUUGACCCAUUUGGCAACCGCUGGAAUACUGUUUUUAGUCUCAACUUUGUUUCCCGUCAUUUUGUACAACGACAACUCCUG